AUGAUACAUUACAGAUUGCUUGUGCUCUGUAUCACGAUUAUUUUUACCUUGACAGGUCAUGCAGAAAAUAUAGAAUUGCGGCUGACUAAAAAUAGAAUCAGUGACAAGCUUAACCAUCGGUCAUAUCAGCAUUAUGCCAAGCUUUACAAUGACGAAGGGUCUCAAUAUCUUGUAAAUAUCAGUAUAGGCAACCCUAAACAAGACUUUACUGUCGCUUUAGAUACAGGCAGCUCCGAUUUAUGGGUGCCCUCUAUGCGCUGCCCAGUGUAUCAGUGUCCUUUAGCUCGUUUUGAUUCACAAAGGUCAAAUACGUUCAAGAGUGUGUCAUUAAACGAACCAUUCCGUGUGACUUAUGGUAUAGGCUUUGUCGAAGGCGUAUACGGACAAGACAGCGUGUACUUGGAAAAUGCUCAUGCUGAAGAUCAAGUGUUUGGAAUGGCACGUUCUACGAGUCAAAUAAUUUAUCCAAAGGCCAGGGGUGCAAAUGGUAUCCUGGGCUUGGGUUAUCCAUCACUAUCCUCCAGCAGAGAUCAUGAUCCGUUUAUAUUUCAGCUGGCAAAACGAGGCUUGAUCGAGCAACCUCUAUUUUCUAUCAGCCUGGGAUCUGACCACGGAUGGGCAGGAGAGUUAGUGUUGGGCGGCAUCAAUCAUGACAAGUAUGAAGGUGACAUUUGCUUUACUGCAACUCGCGAAGAACAAUUCAAUAAGACAUAUUGGAUGGUGGGUGGCAGAGCUGUUGAAAUUGCUAAUGAUCAUACUGUGAUCAUGAAUAGAACCUUUGAAUCUACAAGAAACUUUAUUGUUGAUACAGGUACAACGCUCACAUACAUGGAUCAACAGCUGAUUGAUACUGUCCUGCGUGCGCUCUCAGCAGAUGGGAUUCAUGUCACGCUUGAUCAUUCCUCGGGGACAUACUUCAUUGACUGUCAGUCUGCAGCAAAUUCAAGUCAUCAUGUGCGGUUUAUCUUGGACGAUGACAUCAAGUUGAGCAUUCCGAUAGAGUCAUUAACUAUUCCUUUGAAUGGAGAAACAGUUUCGAGUUCUUCGUUAUGUAUGUUUGGAUUGGCUCCCUGGCUACCGACAGAGCCAAGCUUGAUGAUGGGCAGAAAUGGCUGGAUUAUGCUGGGCGAUACGGUCCUCAGAGACAUCCUAUUAGUAUUUGAUAUGGAAAAGCAUCAGAUUGGUUUUGCAAAGGCAAAAGGGACAUCUUCGUCUGUUGCAUGUACACUGUAA